AUGAAGACCUUCAGUAUCCUCGCUCUUCUUCUGGCUACCAGCAGAACCUUUGCAGCACAGAGUCGCCAGAAGACAAGUCACCAACCCCUGCAACUGACCCAAAUCCACGCCAACCAAAGCACUUACACCGGCCAUCUGAGAUUCACACUCCAUGAUCCAAAUACCAAGGAAAAGCCCACUGGUUGCAAACUUGAAUGGAACAAGCUGGCACCCGUUGAGAUCCAGCCCAAGUGUGAUGAUGGCCAAUGGGGAUUCAGCUCCCCAUCCGGGAUAGAGAAUAUCACAGAUUUCACACUGCAGCUGGAGAGGAUCUCUCAUGGUCCGUCUGAGAAAGGGCAGGUGGAACUAAAGGCUGGGCAGAAUGGUUGGCAGUGCCAGAAAAAUCCCCCAUCAGGCGUGGAAGAGGAGUGUCUCUCUGUGGAUGUCAUGUGUGUUCAUAUUUGA